GCUCUACACGAAGACUAUUGUUUGGAUUGGUGGAAAAACUCUGCUCUAAUUUUCAUCAUAAACAGUAAAAGCAAGGAUAUGACGUGUAGAACGUAGCUAGUGUUAAAGAAGUGAACUCUGAAUUUUCAAGCAGAUCAAUCCAUUGAUGCAAUAAAAAGCAAGUUUCUUUCUUUCUGCGAGUGCGUUAUAGAGACAACCCAUGUCGACUCUAGGUCGUAAAGAAAAGGGCCAAUCACUUCGCGGAUCUCGAAUCGCAAUAGCCAUCGUGAUCGGAGUUCUUCUCGGGUGCGUCUUUGCUUUUUUGUAUCCUCAUGGAUUCUUUAGCUCCGAUCCGGCUUCCUCGACUCAUCGAAUUGCUACAUCCAGUCUCCAGAUUGGCUCGACUUCAUGUGAAUCAGCAGAACGGAUCAAAAUGCUUAAAUCAGAUAUUGUCUCACUGUCAGAGAAAAAUGGUGAGUUGAAGAAACAAGUGAGGGAGCUAAGUGAACAGCUGCGGCUGGCUGAACAAGGACAAGAUCAUGCACAGAAGCAGUUUUUGGUGUUGGGUAAACAGCAGAAAGCUGGACCUCCUGGUACUGUAAAGGGUUUGAGAACUAACCCAACCGUUGUUCCUGAUCCAUCUGUGAAUCCAAGGUUGGCAAAAAUCUUGGAGGAUGUUGCUGUUGGGAGGGAGCUAAUAGUUGCGCUUGCAAAUUCAAAUGUGAAAAACAUGUUAGAGGUCUGGUUCACUAAUAUCAAGAGAAUUGGAAUACCCAAUUACCUUGUUGUAGCAUUAGAUGACCAUAUUGUAGACUUCUGCAAGUCAAAUAAUGUUCCUGUAUACAAGAGAGAUCCUGAUGAAGGUGUUGAUUCAGUUGCAAGAACAGGGGGCAAUCAUGCCGUCUCUGGAUUAAAGUUCCGCAUUUUGAGGGAAUUUUUGCAGUUGGGUUACAGUGUUCUUCUUUCCGAUAUUGAUAUAGUAUAUCUGCAGAACCCAUUUGAUUAUCUUUAUAGAGAUUCAGAUGUAGAAUCCAUGACUGAUGGUCACAACAAUAUCACAGCUUAUGGAUAUAACGAUGUCUUUGAUGAACCUGCCAUGGGUUGGGCUCGUUAUGCUCAUACAAUGAGGAUUUGGGUUUAUAACUCUGGUUUCUUUUAUAUAAGGCCUACAAUUCCUUCAAUUGAGCUUUUGGAUCGUGUGGCUGAUCGUUUGUCUCGGCAGCGUAAUGCAUGGGAUCAAGCAGUGUUCAACGAGGAGCUCUUUUUCCCUUCACAUCCUGGGUAUGAUGGGCUUCAUGCUGCCAAGAGAACUAUGGAUUUUUAUCUGUUUAUGAACAGUAAGGUCCUUUUCAAGACUGUGAGGAAAGAUGCUGCCCUGAAGAAGAUGAAGCCAGUGAUUGUUCAUGUAAACUACCACCCAGAUAAGCUUCCAAGAAUGCUAGCUGUUGUAGAAUUCUAUGUUAAUGGAAAGCAAGACGCAUUGGAUCCUUUCCCUGAAGGAUCUGAUUAGUAGGAAUAUAUCUACAAAAGAUUACAUGAGAAUUAGGUUUGGCCCACAGAUGGGCUCAUCAUAUCACUUGUUAUUAAUUCACAUGAUACAAAGUAGGUCAAUUUGAUUUUUCCUUUGAAGAACAGUGUGAUUCCCUUGUGUUUUCUUUGAGAUUGGUUCUGCAACUUAAAAGUUUUAUUAUUGCUUUGUUCA